AUGCCCGUGUGCCCGUUGUCCCAGGAGUUCCUCAAGGCCUCACACUUUUCCCUGGGUCCUGAUCCGCGGCUGCAUGAUGGCACUAUGCAGUGCACAACGCAUAAGGACUUCCCGGCCUAUUCCUAUGUCACCCCGGUCCGGCCACCCUCGUCACCACCGCAACCCUCACUCUUCCAAAGGGAUGAGCAGUGGGCUACCCAGAAGCGUGUGUCCGAGGUGCGCCGUGCGUUCUCACCACCGCCCAUGUUACUGUCGCGGGAUGAGCUGCGGGAGCGCAGGCUGGAGUACACGCGAGUCAUGCAGAUGAGCAACCUGCACUUGCAUGCGGAUACGCGUCCUGUCCUCAACCUGUCCGUUGCACGAUCUGACUAUGGCUGGCCGGAGCUACCACCGAGCGCUCACGAGGACAUCCGAAGCGCGCGCCUCCUCUUUGACCGGGAUUCGAUGCCCUCGGGUGACCGGAAGCAGCUGCGCAUCCCGACCACCUCAUACCAAGCACACUACCCGCCCUACGAUGAUGUCACCCCUCAGCCCCAUGCGCCCUGCAGCCACCUGGGGGGUCCUAACACCCUGAAGUGGAACUACAAGGGACAGGAAGGCACCACCUACAGGAAGCAGUUCCAAGCCUUCCCAAGCCCCCCUGCCUUGAUGUGUAAGAGGGCCUCCUCCAGUAUAAACCUAGGAGAUAGCAAGCUUGGCUAUAGUACCCUGUGCUCACACGUGAAGGAGACCUACACACCUCAGGGGCUGUCCCCUUCCAGGUAUGACAAGGCCCAGGCCGCAGCCCACAUCCACCAGGUGAACAUCGGUCCUGGAGACAGGAUGUUCCAUUGCAGAACCACCACGAAUGACGAGUUCUACUCCAAGGAGCCAGAAACGUUUGUCCUCCAGCGUGAUAAGACUCCCGAGUCACACAUCAUGAAAGGAAACUGGUCCCCCGGCCCUGGCAGUCUCGUUACCUCCACAAAGUUCUUCCAUGGUGAGCCACCUCCUCUGACACAGCCUCAAGGCCGGCAUGUGUCUCAUGAGAAACUGAAGGAUCACUUGGUCUUGGGAGAACCAAAGCUGCUCGGAAACUUCUUCCAAACCUCCAUGGGCUCAGACUACACCUUUGUGACUAACCCCAUAAAACAAAGACCCCUCAACUUGUCUUUGUUGGAGAGUAACUUGCCUGAGGGCACAGGUGAAUUAGACCUUUUAACCACGAACCAAAAGAUGAUUAAGCCGCAUGGGAUAGUUCGAGCUUCUGCCACUGAAGAACUGUUACGGAAGUGCAAAUACAGCCACAUAGAGCCCCCGCUGGGUAGACAACGCUUCUUCUCCACUCACUAUCAGAAGGAGUUUCCCUUCAAGUACCAGGGCCCAUUGGUCCAGAAGCCAAGUACCAUGUUUGAGAGCCACUUGCCACUGGGCACAGCCAGACACUUUGGCUGCUGGCAUGAGAAAGUGGACCUUCGAGUCCCCCAGACCCCUAUGUACCCUUGCCGGAGCCAGGAAUAA